ACCUAGAGGAUCAAGACAUAAUGGGAGCAUUUUUAGACAAGCCAAAGAUGGAAAAACAUAAUGCGCAGGGGCAGGGUAAUGGGUUGCGCUAUGGGCUAAGCAGCAUGCAAGGUUGGCGAGUUGAAAUGGAGGAUGCACAUACAGCUGUGAUUGGUUUGCCAAGUGGACUUGAAACUUGGUCAUUUUUUGCUGUGUAUGAUGGGCAUGCUGGUUCUCAGGUUGCCAAAUACUGCUGUGAGCAUUUGUUAGACCACAUCACCAAUAACCAGGAUUUUAAAGGGUCUGCAGGAGCACCUUCUGUGGAAAACGUAAAGAAUGGAAUCAGAACAGGCUUUCUGGAGAUUGAUGAACACAUGAGAGUUAUGUCAGAGAAGAAACAUGGUGCAGAUAGAAGUGGGUCAACAGCUGUGGGUGUCUUAAUUUCUCCUCAACAUACUUACUUCAUUAACUGUGGAGACUCAAGAGGUUUACUUUGUAGGAACAGGAAAGUUCACUUCUUCACACAAGAUCACAAACCAAGUAAUCCGCUGGAAAAAGAACGAAUUCAGAAUGCAGGUGGUUCUGUAAUGAUUCAGCGUGUGAAUGGUUCUCUGGCUGUAUCGAGAGCCCUUGGGGACUUUGAUUACAAAUGUGUCCAUGGGAAGGGUCCUACAGAGCAGCUUGUCUCACCAGAGCCUGAAGUCCAUGAUAUUGAAAGAUCUGAAGAAGAUGAUCAGUUCAUUAUCCUUGCAUGCGAUGGUAUUUGGGAUGUUAUGGGAAAUGAAGAGCUCUGUGAUUUUGUAAGAUCCAGACUUGAAGUCACUGAUGACCUUGAGAAAGUUUGCAAUGAAGUAGUCGACACCUGUUUGUAUAAGGGAAGUCGAGACAACAUGAGUGUGAUACUGAUCUGUUUUCCAAAUGCACCCAAAGUAUCACCAGAAGCAGUGAAGAAGGAGGCAGAGCUGGACAAGUACCUGGAAAGCAGAGUAGAAGAAAUCAUAAAGAAGCAGGGGGAAGGCGUUCCUGACUUAGUCCAUGUGAUGCGCACAUUAGCAAGUGAGAACAUCCCCAGCCUCCCACCAGGGGGUGAAUUGGCAAGCAAGCGGAAUGUAAUUGAAGCCGUUUACAAUAGACUGAAUCCUUACAAAAAUGAUGACACUGACUCUACAUCAACUGAUGAUAUGUGGUAAAACUGCUCAUCUAGCCAUGGAGUUUACCUUCACCUCCAAAGGAGAGUACAGCUCAACUUCCUUGAACCUUUUAAACAUCCAUCCUCAACUUUAAAGAAGGGCAUGUGACAUGGGUAGGAGUGACACCAGAGAACAGCAGUACAACAGCUAGCCCAGAACUGUUUUUUUUGUUUGUUUGUUUUUUUGUAAAUUUGAGACUUACAUAAACAUGAUUUCAAACCAUAAUUCAUGUUGUAAAUCAGACUCCAGCAAUUUUUGUUGUAUGAUUUUGUUUUUUGCAAAGUGUAAUUGUCCUUGUACAAAAUACUCAUAUUUAAUUAUGAACUGCUUUAAAUCACUAUCAAAGUUACAAGAAAUGUUAGGCUUGUGUGAUGCAACAGAUAAUAUAGCCCUUUCAAGUCAUGUUGUGUUUGGACUUGGGGUUGAAACAGGGAGAACAGCAGCCAUGUCAGCUAGACACUCGGAUGUGCACGUGAUCAUGGAGCAUAAUUCCAAAAUGCUGCAAAGUUGAACAUCCAGGAAGUUAAUUGAGAACUGUCUUAAUGUUCUUGGCAGUGUUGGCAUUGUUGAGAAAGCUGGUCGCUUCAUACAACUGUCAUUUAGGUUCUUUCCUUGUUGCCAUGAGUAUUGCAGCUAAUGCAGUAUAUUCAUAAGGAUAUUGCUCUUGGGGCUAAAAGGCCUUGAUUCUUUGCACCUCUUUUACAAGUCCUUACAUUUAAUUACUAAUUGAUAAGCAGCAGCUUUCUACAUAUAGUAGGAAACUGCCACGUUUUUGCUAUCAUGAUUGGCUGGGCCUGCUGCUGUUCCUAGUAAGAUAUUCUGAAUUCCAUUUUAUCAAUAAAGCUUGAUUUAACAAACAAGAAAUUUAAUCAUGUAUGUGUAAUUCCUCCUUUACUUCACCCUUUUAAAACACCAUGCCAUUGUAAAUGAGAAGUUUCUCAUGGGGAGAGGUGUUAAGUCUUUUAUUUGGAAAAUACUGUUAUUCAAGGCAUAUAAAUGGAACUGUUUCCCUUCCAUUAGAAAGAUGACCAGAUUUAAGUCUGUGUUGUUCCUUAAUCUGUUUUUUCCAUGGGUUUCUUUCUGGCUGCUUAUUUCUUCAUUAAGAUGUGUAUUAGCUUGAAUUUGCCUACUGUUUAAUUAAAUUGUCAAAGCUUGACAAUCUAACACUAUGGUAGGUGUGUAUGUGUGUAAGAGUAUGUGUGUGUGUUUGCCUGUGAUUUUUAAUUGGCCCAGUGUCUUUAGAGUCCAAGUAGUUAAGAUAUUUGUGAUUUGAAAUAUAGCAUGUUGAUAAUAUUUAGCUGUUGGCCUUUAAAAAUAACUUGCAGAGCUUAAAGAGUUGUAGAAAUAAAAAUAACCUAAUUUAAUUUAGGCUUAAAUUCCUCUGAUUAAGCAUGUGAAAAUAAGUUUUAAAAUUUGUCACAUUGAAAAGACUACUGUUUUGUGCCCUUCUGUGUUUUGUCUUUUUAGGUUGAAUAUUGUAUUUGUCACCAUGUUAUUUAAUCAUUCAGUAGGCAGAUUCCCCAUUAGAAAACUUUUAAAAUGUAAAGUUAAAAAACAUUGAAUACAGAGUCAAAAUUUUGUGUAUAAAAGGUAGUAUAAUCAAUUUUGUUUUGUUUUUUCCCUAACUUGGAAAUAUACGUAUUUGUAUAUAUAGCCUUAAAACUAAUGUAAAGUUAGGGGAGUAGUGGGAAAACUAAUGUAAAAUGUCUGAUUUAAGUAGUUACAUACCAGCAAAAUAUUUUCAUUAUCCCUCUUAUUUGUGAGGCAGUUAAAUGUAACUUAAUUGUAUUUAAUUUAUAUCUUAAUCCAGCAUGAAUGAAGAAAACAAAUGCUAUUUAUAUUUAAAAAUUUGUAACAGUUGGAAUUACAAAACAAAUUCCAUACUUACAAAUAUAUGCUUAAUGUCUAAGUCUGUGGUAGAGUGCAAAGUAUGAUAAUGUUCUAAGUUACGGCUUUGCAAACAUCUAAAUGUGCAUUUAAUGAAUACCAGAGCUUCCCGUGUCAGUUAAUUACCAGACAUACUUAUACUGAAAACUAAAUCCCUCUUAGAAGUAGUUAGGUCCUUAAUUUUUUAAGUAGACUGAAGCUUUUAGUUCUGGAAAUUUUCAAACCUUGAAUUGGACUUUGACAUGGAAAAUCUUAAAUCACAGGUAAAAAAAUCUGUGAUGGGAAUUUGUAUUUCAGGCCAUAACAGCAUAUUUAGAGCCUCUUUUAUUUGAGAAUCUUUAAAUAAAAAAGAGGAAGUUAAAAUAUUCCUCUGUUAAAAUUAUUAAUGCUGAAAUUAGGCUUGGAAGUGAGUAUUAAGUGUGAUCUAAGAAGACUAAAUCUUUUCCAUAUGAGUUAGCGUUGCCAUACUAGAUACAAUUUUUCGUUAUAAAUAUACAGGAAGUAUACAUAAUAUCAGCGGAUUGUGUGUGUUCUUAAUUCCUGGGGGUAAUGGUGGGGAACCAACCACAUUUUAAAAGGCACUUUUGCACCUCUAUUAUGCACUUCAUUUUGUACCACUUAAAUUCUUGACCUCCCACCCCCUUUUGUGUGCAAAUUAGCAUCUCAGGGCAAUGCCUCAACUUUUUGAUUUGGUAUAUGUUAUUUUGUUUGGAGGGAUAAAGUUCUUCUGUGAUGAUAAUAUUCUAUUCAAAAUGUACUUUCAUUUAAAUGUUUUAAUAGGAUGAACUCAAUUUGCCACCUUUAAUAGGAAAUUCAUUUUGUAUAGCACUCUUGUUACCCUAACAUUAAAAAAUUUCGCUGAUGUUAUUGUUUUAGAGAGGUAAGCUCACUUAAUUUUCACUUUCUAAAGGAAUAUACUUUUACAGAAGCAGUACUCAUUAUUAGCAUUAACUUUUAAAAAAAUCCGAGUGGUAUUUUUCUUUUUCAGCUUUAAAACUAUUUCAAACAUAUUUUUUAUUAUAAUGCAUUAACUUGCUCCUAGAGUACUAUGCAAUUAGUUUACCACUCCAGCCACUUAAUUUUUUUUACUAACUUUGUAACAUUAAGAAAUUUGAAUUAUAGAAUAAAUCUGUUGUGUAAUACACAUAAUCUGAAUUAUAGCAGUACUUUUAGAGAUUAUCUGUUUGACCAUAUAUUAAUCUAGCUAAUAAGUCAGCUUUCCCACAAAACAUACUGUUAUCUGCAAAACACUGUUCUAGGCUAAGCACCUUGGAACUAUAAAGAAACAAAUAGGUCCCUGCCCUCAAGGAGCUUACAGUUUGGGUUAGAAUUAUAAUCUAAUGUGUGUUAAUAUUAUAACUGAAUCACUCAUCCAAAAAAAAAUAGUUACUGCCCACCCACUGUUUGCCAGAUGCUUUCCUGAACAAGGUGGUCUCUGUCCUAAAGAGCUAGUUUGUACUUCCUUUAUUCACUUAAAAACUCUCCUGUUUUUUUCUUCUCUAACAUUAAAUCUCAUUCUGCUCAACAUAGGAAUAAAAUUGGACUGAUGGGCUCAAGUCUGUUCAGUAUACUUCAUUGCCCUUAACGAAUGGCAUUUAUUCUUCCUGCUGACAGCCACCAAGUCAGAUGAAUAGGUAGUGGAUUUCUUAAAAUUCUCCAACUCUGGAAAUACUGGUGGAGUUUGAGUUUAUGGCACUUAAAUAUAAUAUAUAUGUAGCUAAAUUAUCUUAUUUAAGUAAAACUCUUUUUCUUGAAAACACACUACCAGUGUUAAUAUCCAAUGUUAGCCAAAUGAUUACUGUAGUUUAAUUCUUAGAAAUCACUGCCCAUGUUUACUGGACAAAUUCAUACAGGAAUUGAGUUUGUGACUUCUGAAAGAACUGAUGAGAUUGGUUACAGGUUUUACUUUUUUAAUUUGAAUUUCACAGUAUAUAUGUUUAAUUCAUGAAGUUUGAAGACGUUUAAGCCUUUAAUGUUCUGAUUACUAUUUGUACAGUAUUAUAUUAGGAUUUGUUAUUAGAAAAGAAUGUGUAAAUAUUUCAGUACAUGAAUAUUUCUCUUUUGAGGUUUUUCUUUGAAGGAACCUUAGAGAGCUUCAUUUAUUUUUGCUUGCAGAUACUGCUGGUGAGAUGACAUUUUUUUGAGUGUGAUCUAGUUUUCUAGUUUUUCGUUUAGACUGGAAAAAGACUUCUUUAUAGCUUAAAAUUUUAGAGGCCUAAUUUUACUUUAUUUCCUUCAGUAAUGUGCCAUGAGUUUUGGAUUGUAUCUGUUUUAAAUUAUAUAUUACUACAGAAUAUGUUUGAAAUAUUUAAAAGUACAUUUUCCAAAUGUUAUAAUACUGUAUGGUUUUGUUGGUUAGAAUAAGUCUCAGUUAAGUGUUAGUCAUUACUGAUAGAAUGCUGUACAGAAACAAUGAGAGGCCUUUGAUCCUGCUUUGUCCUGUGAACGUUCUCUUUUGUUCACCUCCACACAGAUUGUUUCCCUAUUGCCUGCUUUAUAUAUAUUAAGCUAGUGGCCUCUGCUCUCAUGUUUCCUAAUUAAUAUUACCAGCAGGUGGGAGUACACCAUUUAGAAGAGCUGAGAUGUAUUGAAAUUGUAGUUGACAACUUAUAGUUUUAUUACAUGACUGGAAAAGGUUGUUUAAAUUGAUAAAACAACAAACUGACAUUUUUUCUCCCUUAUCCUGCAUGAAAUGUUGCUUCAUUUCCUCUACUACUCUAUUGGUAGUUUCUCUUUUAUUCAAACUGAAAUAGGCCAAUUCCAUUUUCUUGAACAAGAAAGCUUAGUGGAUUACCUCACCAAGGUCAAUUAAUACUAUGUAAAACUGGGCUGAAAAUAAAAUUUGGGAGAUGGAGUGGUGAGGAGAUCCCAGUGAGAAGGACAGAGAAGAAUUAUUAAUUUAAAAGCCAUAGAAAGGUCGGCCUUGGAUCCAGCUGUAUAUUAUUAAGAGCUGUUGUGCCACAUAAACUAGUGAGAACCAACCAACCUUGCUUCUUUGUAUAAUUUGAUUUUUCCUGCAAAGGAGGAGGUAGUGAUAAAAAUUACUGCUGCUUCAACUUAGUAGAAACAACUGGGAAAGAUAAAUGCCAUGUUUCUUCACCACAGAACUCUGUGCUUCAGUUCAAUUUCUCCAAAAUCUAGUUUUCUACUAAUAGCUUUCUCAUUGAACUAAAUAUUUAGAAAAAUUGUUUAGAGUUUUUCCCUUCUUUUUACAUAGUCCUUCUGAUCUGUAAAAGACAUUUAGUAACACUGCAUUUGUAUGGUACUAAGUUAGAUUUGUGUAGGAGUUUAGGUAGCUGCAAAACAAAAUUAAUAUCUUAAUUGGUGUAGUGAACAGCACAGGAUUAUUAUAGCAUUGGUUCUUAACCUUUUAAGGUCAUAGGUCCUUUGAGAUUAAUGAAUCCUAGGAACUUCCUCACCCAGGAAAAUGCUUAUGAUGUGUGUAACUCCCCAAAGUUUACAAUAUUGUAGUGGUUCAUGGACCCCUGGGUAAGAUUCCGUACACAGUGUAAUAGGGCCCAUACAAAAAUACUUAAAGGGCAUCAGAAAAAUUGACUCUGUUUUAAGGAAUUGUGUCACUUUUUUAAAGAUCGAUGAGGUGGAUGGGGCUUAGGCUAGAGUCUGAUAUUAAAACAUCUUUUUUUAAGGUUGUACUUGGGGGAAAAGAAGAGUGAGUGAGUAGAGGUGAAAAAACACAGUAUUUGGACUACUUUUGGAGAAUAACUUUUUCUAAGUUUGCCACUUUUGUAACAGGAAAGAGGUAAAACAAAUUGUUUCUGGAAUGUUUCUGACCUGCAUAGUGCAAAUACAUGUUCACAAGCAACCAUUUCAUUGUCAGAUGUUACAUUUUAAGAUUUUGAGCUUCCUGGUGUUAGAGUUUGUUAAAUAUUCAAUUCACUUCAGAUUCUAAGGAAUUGAGUAUUUUCUUUCUGAUACAGAAUGUUGAAAUAGGAUCUAACAUAGCCACCAAUGUAGAGGGUUAAUAAGAUUUCUACUACAUUAUAACCAUCAUGAUAUAAUUGAUAAGCUUGUUGCAUUUAUUGCCAAAAUUGGAUGUUGAGUUACAGCAUAUUUAAUUCCCAUUUAUGGGAAUUUUGAAACAUAGAAACUGUUGUCUUAGAUGGUUAGCUUUUGACUAAAUCAACUGCAUUACCUGUGGGAAAAUAUCUUGUUUGUAGUGAUAUGCCCCAAUACUGUUUGGUUUCACUCUUGACAUGAUUUAUUUCACUUAAUUUGUAUAAAUGAUACUGAGUGGAGAGACCAUGUACAUGUUAAAAGCAUGUUGUGUUAUAUAUAGAUUCAUUUUAAAAAAUCUAUAAAUGUAAAAUUAUACCACUGCAGAAAUAUUUUUUCUAGACACAGUGUAUAACAAAUUCUCCAUAGUAACUCAGCCCUGUUUUCAGUUUAUGUGACCCAAACUUUUGAAGGAAUUCCAUAAAUGUAUAUUUUGUAUUAUGUACCAUUUCCUGGUCCAGAGAAAAUAUGUAAAUUCAGUUCUAACUUUAAGAAUGUACUUUCUGUUUUCAAGUCCACUGAAGAAAUUGCAUUCAGCCUGUGAAUGGUUGCAGAUUGUAUGUGAGAUGAAAAGUAGAAAUAACUUCUAGUUUGCAAAACUGGUGCCACUAAAUAAACAGGCAAUUACAUAA